AUGCGCUUCAUUUAUUUUUCACUCUAUGUGCUACUGUUUUUUUUUCACGAGAAAAACAGCGCAGCCCUAGCAGCUUCAGGCCAAACAAAGGUAUUGGACAAGACGCUGCUACGUAUCCAGCCGUCUGAUUCCAUCCGCGAGAACGUUCAUGAAGUUCGAUUCCUGAAAGGCAACGAGCCCGAAGAUGAGGAAAGGAUAGUGCAGGCUGAUGGAAUUAUAAAAAAACUUUUCAAUGGCUUUGCACGAAGUUUACCCAGUGCUGAAAGCGGAGAAAGCAGCGGAGUCAGAGAAGCUGAAAGCGGAGAAAGCGGAGAAAGCAGCGGAGUUAGAGAAGUGAAAGCGGAGAAAGCAGCGGAGUUAGAGAAGCUGAAAGCGGAGAAAGCAGCGGAGUUAAAGAACCUGCGAAUUGCAGAAGUGAAACACUUGGCCGAGCGGAACGAUUUUGGGCUUUUAAAAAAAGAGGGCGUGAGCUAUAAAGAAUUAAUGGAGGUGUUAGGUGUUUCCUCUGAUAAGGUGAAUACCAUGAAGGAGAAAGUGGGUUAUCUAAAACUUCUUAAGACGGACAAAGAAUUUGCCAGCAAUUAUGUCAAGGCCCACAUAUACAAGGAAUAUCUCGAGGUCUGA